UUUGCAGGAAGAAGAUGGGCAGUGGGGAGCUAUGGUUUACCAAUGCCUGCGACUGGUUGCCCGACUGGUGUUGGUUUUACCUGGGAGACUGGUUUUCGCUUUCAGGACACGGAGAACAGGGGAUCGAACAACGAACGGUCACCGAACAUAUAUAAUGAUAUACACUUGAUGGCACAUCAGCGCAAUGAUAUGGCACCGUUCCAAUACAACCAUAAUACUGGUCAAUACAACCAUGAUACUGUCAUUCAUUAUUGUUGUAUGACGACUGAGGACAUCUACAAGCCCAUCAAUCUGCCAGCUGAUCGUCCGUUUUAUCUCUUUGCCUUCACUGACCAAUGUCAGCCGGUACAAGGGAUGGAAGACACCUUGGAAUGGUUUAAGCGGGACAACGAAGAUGGCAGUAACAGUAGAAACAACCUUGUUGGUCAUCACCCUUACUACGAAACAGCCAGCGGAAUAAAUAAUCAUAAGCAUUAUUAUUGUUACCGUGACCAUUGACCCUUUGUAAGUGACGGAAAACCCAGAUGGCAGGGAUAUUUUAUCGCAAGUGUGUGGCCCCAAGGGAGGAUCAAAUUCAUAAUGUCCUUUGCAGUAAAAAAAUUAACAUGUAGAAAUUUUUUUGGCUCUGGAAAAAUACUAAUAAAAUUAUUGCUUUUUGUGAAAGGUAAGUAUCCUGUGUUCUGAGUUUAAUUGUGGAUUGUAGAUAUUAAAAAAUACAAUGCAGUUGUUAGUUUUCGGUUUACUUCAUGUCAGAUAAUGAACAAUU